AAAAUGAAUACAGUUCAACAAAUAUCACCUCUUCAUGUUGUUGAACAAAAUUCAAAACCUAGUCAUACUUGGUUAUCCGAAAAAGCGAGUGAUGAUAAUGAUUCAAAUGCUUCACCAAAAGGAAAUGUUAAUUUGAGUGAUUCAGCACAACUUAAGAAUUCCGGCUUCGUGACAUUUGAUUGUGAAGAAGAACGCUGCACAAAACAAUUUAUGAGACUUGGUAAUUUAACGAUACAUAUGACAACAGGCAAACAUGAUAUUGAACAGGAAAAAUAUUCAUUAUUAGACAAAUCAAAAUUAUUGUAUAAACAAAAAUUAGAAAAUGUUACAUUGCAAGCUAUUCCGAAUUUACAAAAUUUCAAAGUAAUCCGAUCAGCAACAAAUAAACAACAUCAACCAUUAACGUGCGGCUGGGCCUUGAUGGCAAAAAAAUCAAACGUACAAUUUUCGCAGCAGCAAAAGGAUUUUUUAACUCAAAAAUAUGAUGAAAGUGAAACAACUGGAAUGAAAUCUGAUCCAGUAUCCGUCGCACAAGAAAUGCAAAUAUUAUGGGAUAAUAACGGUGAUUAUGUGUUUGAUCGAGAACAAUGGCUGACAUCUCAACAAAUAAAAUCUUUUUGGUCACGUUUAACAAGAAACCGGCGCAAAUCCAGUAAACAACAAACAACAGUACAAAAACAAGAAGAUGAUGAUGAAGAGGAUGACCGUGAUGAUGAAAAUGAUAAUGAUUAUAACUCGUUUCAACUAAGGCAACAAGCAAAAACACUGCUUUCAGCAAAAGAACAACAGCAACAGGGACAACAAACAUCAUCUUCAUUCAAUACUCGUAAAGCUAAAACUGAAAAUCGUUUCUCACAAGAUCUUACUAAUCAACAACAACAACCAUCAAAACGUUUGUCAAAAAAAUAA